GGGGGAGGAUCCGACCGCCGCCCCGCCGCCCCGCCGGCCCCGCGGCCUCAGGCUGCCCGCUGGCCUCGGAGCAGGCGCCUGCGCCCUCGGCCUCGGCCUAGUCAUGCUCCGUCCCGGCGCGCAGCUGCUGCGGGGCCUCCUGCUGCGGAGCUGCCCGCUGCUGGGCUCCCCCGGGCGCCCGCGCUCUGUCUGCGGCCGGGAAGGAGAGGAAAAACCACCCUUAUCUGCAGAAACACAAUGGAAAGACAGAGCAGAAACAGUGAUAAUUGGAGGUGGCUGUGUUGGUGUGAGUCUGGCUUAUCACCUGGCCAAAGCAGGGAUGAAAGAUGUGGUCCUGCUGGAGAAAUCAGAGCUCACGGCUGGAUCUACCUGGCACGCAGCAGGUUUAACAACUUACUUUCAUCCUGGAAUAAACUUGAAGAAAAUACAUUAUGAUAGCAUCAAACUUUAUGAGAAACUGGAAGAAGAAACUGGGCAGGUGGUGGGAUUCCAUCAGCCAGGUAGUAUCAGACUUGCUACCACCCCUGUAAGGGUAGAUGAAUUUAAAUAUCAAAUGACUCGGACUGGCUGGCAUGCAACAGAACAGUAUCUCAUUGAACCUGAAAAAAUUCAAGAGAUGUUCCCUUUACUCAACAUGAAUAAGGUUUUAGCUGGAUUGUAUAAUCCUGGAGAUGGUCACAUUGAUCCUUAUUCUCUAACUAUGGCACUGGCUGCUGGGGCUAGGAAAUAUGGUGCCCUUUUAAAAUAUCCUGCACCAGUAACUUCUCUGAAAGCCAGGUCAGAUGGAACAUGGGACGUUGAAACACCACAGGGGUCUAUGAGAGCAAAUAGAAUUGUGAAUGCUGCAGGAUUUUGGGCUCGUGAAGUAGGUAAAAUGAUUGGACUAGAACAUCCUCUCAUUCCGGUUCAACAUCAAUAUGUUGUUACAUCGACUAUACCUGAAGUGAAAGCUUUGAAACGAGAACUCCCUGUGCUCCGUGACCUGGAAGGAUCAUAUUAUCUCCGACAGGAAAGGGAUGGGCUUUUGUUUGGUCCAUAUGAAAGUCAAGAGAAAAUGAAAGUUCAGGACUCCUGGGUCACCAAUGGAGUUCCUCCAGGUUUUGGAAAGGAACUCUUUGAGUCUGAUCUAGAUCGAAUCAUGGAACACAUCAAAGCUGCCAUGGAAAUGGUUCCUGUCUUGAAAAAGGCUGACAUCAUCAAUGUUGUCAAUGGUCCUAUCACGUAUUCUCCUGACAUUCUGCCUAUGGUGGGGCCCCAUCAGGGGGUCAGAAACUACUGGGUGGCUAUAGGCUUUGGAUAUGGCAUAAUCCACGCUGGUGGGGUAGGGAAAUAUCUCAGUGACUGGAUCCUGCAUGGAGAACCUCCUUUUGAUCUGAUAGAAUUGGAUCCUAAUCGCUAUGGCAAAUGGACAACAACCCAGUACACUGAGGCCAAAGCAAGAGAAUCAUAUGGAUUCAACAAUAUUGUUGGUUAUCCUAAAGAAGAACGGUUUGCUGGGAGGCCGACUCAACGAGUCAGUGGGCUCUAUCAAAGGCUGGAGUCUAAGUGUUCCAUGGGGUUCCAUGCUGGCUGGGAGCAGCCGCACUGGUUCUACAAACCAGGCCAGGACACCCAGUACAGGCCAAGUUUUCGCCGCACAAACUGGUUUGAGCCUGUGGGCUCGGAGUAUAAACAGGUUAUGCAAAGAGUAGGGGUAACUGACCUAUCACCAUUUGGCAAGUUUAACAUCAAAGGCCAAGAUUCCAUUAGACUACUGGACCAUCUCUUUGCAAAUGUCAUUCCAAAGGUGGGUUUUACAAAUAUAAGUCACAUGUUAACACCCAAGGGUCGAGUGUAUGCUGAGUUGACUAUUUCUCACCAAUCUCCUGGGGAGUUUCUUUUAAUUACUGGCUCUGGAUCAGAACUUCAUGAUCUUAGAUGGAUUGAAGAAGAAGCAGUCAAAGGUGGAUAUGAUGUUGAAAUUAAAAACAUAACCGAUGAGCUUGGAGUUCUUGGAGUUGCUGGGCCACAGGCAAGAAAGGUCCUUCAGAAACUGACCUCUGAAGAUCUUAGUGAUGAUGUUUUCAAGUUUCUUCAAACCAAGUCCUUAAAGGUUUCCAACAUUCCUGUCACUGCUAUUAGGAUAUCUUAUACCGGUGAGCUGGGUUGGGAGCUGUAUCACAGAAGAGAAGAUUCUGUGGCGCUGUAUGACGCUAUCAUGAAUGCAGGCCAGGAGGAGGGAAUCGACAAUUUUGGAACCUAUGCCAUGAAUGCCUUACGCCUGGAGAAAGCCUUCAGAGCCUGGGGGUUAGAGAUGAACUGUGAUACAAAUCCUUUGGAAGCUGGACUGGAAUAUUUUGUGAAGUUAAAUAAGGAUCAGAAUAGCUGUUUUGCCCAUUUUAAGGAGGAAAAUGGAUGGGUGAGCAGAUGGGCCAUCAGGCCUUAUUAGGGUGAAUCGUGUUCUUGUCAGAACCUGUAAGCAAGUAGGGAAAAGAACAAUGGAGUACUGAAGAACUCUUUCAUCACAAAGGGAGACGGCGCAGUGGCCCUUGCUUCCUUCCGUCUUGGAGUUGUUCCAGCCUCCUUCCCCUGGUGUUGGCUUAUGUGAAGUUGAUACACGUUUCAUUCAUUCAUCCGUUCAUCUAGUAGACAUUUAUUAAGUACCGCUGAUUAGGCACCUUGCUAACCCAUAGAUCUAAAUGUUAAAGAUAUACUCCUGAUGGCUCUCAGAUCUCAUGAACCUGGAAACAAAUAAUAUUUCAGGAACAAAAGCUGUAGGGAUACGUUCUUAGCCGUAAUUGUGAAGAUAACCCUUCCGCAAGUGGAGGGCUCUCCAGCCGCAUACAACACUGCCAUCUUGUGGGAAGUGCUCCGUAGAGCCCUGCCAGGAAGCCUUGACCAAAGCUGCGGUAAAAAUAAUUGAAUCUGUACUUUUAAAAUCUUCUUAACUAAAAACGCUUCACCUGAAACAACUCAUAUCAUUGUUCUCAAUGGUAUUUUUGGUAUGUUCCAAAGGAAGUAAGUUUUGGGAGGAAAAUCAGUGGCCUUUGUUUAGUUGGAGAUGGAAGAAAUGCAUUAAUCAAGAGCAAAAGGAAAAUCAGCUGCCUUUGGAUGGAGUCAUAGGUAUUCCUGGAAUUUUCCUUGUGGAAAUAUUGAAUUUUUGUCCAUUUCUGGAGAACCUCCACGAAGAUUCACAGAGACUCAAGUAUUAAACGUAAUGUGUUGAAGCACAUCAGAAGAAUUUGUUUUCUAUAAUAUGUUUCUCCCUCUUUUUCUCACUCUCUCCUUCUCCCUCUUUCCCUUUUUCUCUCUCCUUCCCCUCUCUCCCCGUGUAGAGCUUCUAACUGAUAGAAACAGAAUAAAAUGUAAUCUCUAUUAAACAUAAGUUAUAAGACAAUGUUGAUUUUAGAAAAUGCAGGGUCUCUUUUGGAGGAAAUAUUUAAAGCAUAACUGUUCGAUAACCAAAAACAAAACAACCCAAAAAAACUGGUAAAGAGGUAAAGCACUUAGCACCAAGCCUUCUACACCCCAGGUAUUCAGUAAAUAUUAGCCAUUAUUAAAACAUCAGAGUGUUAAAAAAACAAAGAAAAAAAUCAAAGUGGAAUUAAACCAUUGUUCAUAGACAACAAGUUAGAAAGAAAUUGUUAAUAUGGUGGUCAAAGUAUCCAAUUCUCUUUGGGAAAUUUGAGGUAAAUGGUAAUAAGAAUUGAGGAGGCAGAAAAUUUUCAGUGAUACUUAGCCCUGGCUGGACAUUAGAAUCAUCUGGGGUAUGAUUCUUUUAAAUAAUAUUUUGCUGUUUAAAAUCCCAAGGCCCAGGCUACACCCAAGAUCAAUUAAAAAAGAAGCUCUUGUAGGGACUCAGGCAUCAGUUGUUUUUAAUUCCCCAGGUGAUUCUGCAGAGAUGGAGAAUUACUGUUUUCAACCAAAGAUUUUCAACUGGCUGAACAUAUUAUCCUGAAGAACUAAAAAUUACCUGAACUAAAAGAACUAAAAACUACUCAAGUAGUUCUCAAGGUGUGGUCCACAGAUCAGCAGCAUCACUGUCACCUGGGACCUGCUAGAAAAUUCAAAUUAUUGAGUACCAUCCCAGACCCCCAAAAUCAGAAGCUGCCAGGGUGGAGCCCAACUAUCUAUCUAUCUAUCUAUCUAUCUAUCUAUCUAUCUAUCUAUCUAACUAUUUUUAUUGAGACAGAGUCUUGCCCUAUCUCCCAGGCUGGAGUGCAGAGGUGCAAUUUUGGCUCACUACAACCUUCGCCUCCCAGGUUCAAGCAAUUCUCUUGCCUCAGCCUCCCCAAUAGCUGGUAUUACAGGCACCCGCCACCAUGCCCGGUUGAUUUUUGUAUUUUUAGUAGAGACGAGGGUUCACCAUGUUGGCCAGGUUGGUCUUGAACUCCUGACCUCAGGUGAUCCGCCUGCCUCAGCCUCUCAAAGUGCUAGGAUUACAGGCAUGAGUCACUGCACUUGGCCCAACAAUCUAUUCUAAUACGCUCUCCAGGUAGUUUCAAUGCAGUUUAUUUAAGAACAUGGACCUACCCCAAAUCAAUUAGAUUUUCUCUAGGUGUAGGGUCCAUGGUUCCUUUUUAAAGCUCCACAGGUGAUUUUUUUUUUAAUGCAGUGAAUAUUGAGAACCACUGUUUUAGUUCUUAUAAUUUCGUACCAACUUCAGUCUUGAAAGUACAUAGGAAAGUAGAAAAACAUGUGGAUUGGUCAGAGGAUGGUGCUAUAGAACUGUGGUGGAAUGGAUGUAAAUUAAUAGAUCUACAGCCUAUUCCAGCUAGGCUACAGGUUCGUAUUCUGCCCCAUAUCUUUGUUUUUUCUUUUAGAACUGGGUGGUAAGUGAAUUUUUUUAAAGUCACCAAAUUCUAGCUGCGUGGCCCAGGAAAGCCAUUUAACUUGAUUUUAAUGCCUGAGAUUUUUAAUCUGUAAAAGAAGGCUACUUUUGCAAGUCUAAAAUCCUGUGGAAUGCCUCCAACACAGUGGUUGAAGACAUUGGUGCCAUAUUAUCUUUAUGAGCCACAUAACUGUGUCAUCUGAAUUAAGCUAUCCUUAUUCUGUUACCCAUUUUCAUUGCUGAGUGAUAAGGGGAAGGAGAGGAGAAAGGAGGGGAGGGGAAGAGAAGGAAAGGAAGAGGAAAGAAGUAAAACCUAGCUGAAGUGUAGUUGACCAUUCCUCAAACACCUGUCAGGAUACAUUAAACUGAAGCCAUUGAAUCAUUAUUUUCAUACAUAUCCAAUUUCUGUUAUGAAACAGUACUUUGUUUCUACCCUAAGAGCUGAAAUGUGAAGUUUAGCUGACUGCUUUCAAAUUUGGAUAUCCAUGGAAACCCAGGUCUAGGAAUGAAUUGAAAUAAUUUUUAUAAGAUUGCCUUUAUUUUUAUUAUUAUUUUAACAGUGUAUUUGAACAUGCAAAAUUGACACAUUUAAAGUAAGCAAUUUGAUAAGUUUUAGUACAUGAUACAGCAGUGAAACCAUCACCGCAGUGAAGAUAGUAAACCUAUCCCUCAUCCCCGGGGUGUUCAUGCCCCUUUGUGAUCCCUACCCGCCACCCUCCCCACAGCCUCACCUACCCCCCAGGCAACAAUUUAUGUCUGAGACUAUAGGUUAUUUUGCAAUUUUUAGAAUAAAUGCAAAAUCUAUAAAAAUGGAAUCAUAGAGUAUAUGCUUUUUUUGUGUGUUAAUUCUUUCCCUCGGCAUAACUUGAGAGUCAUUUGUGUUGUUAUGUUUAUUAAUAGAUCAUUCCCAGUGGCAUCUCAUACCUGUAAUCCCAGCACUUUGGGAGGUGGAGGUGGAAGGAUCACCUCAACCCAGGUUUGAAACCAGACUGGGCAACAUAGUGAGACUUCCGUCUCCACAAAAAAUUAGCCGGGCAUGGUGACGCAUGCCUGUAGUCCUAGCUACUUGAGAGGCUGCGGAAGGAGGACUGCUUGAGCCUGGGAGGUCAAGGCUGCAGUGAGUCAUGUUUGUGCCACUGCACUACAGCCAGGGCAACUGAGCAAGGCUCUGCCUCAAAAAAAUAAUAAUAAUUCCCUUUUAUAGCAAGUAGUAUUCCAUUGUAUGGAUAUACUACAAUUUGUUUAUGUACUCACUCACUGAUAAAUAUUUGGGAU